UAUCUUCUUCUCCCCUUGCUCCACCGCUCAGGGCACACUGCUCUGUCUCCGCCACGCAAUACAGAGAGGAGUGGCCUUCGCCGGCGACGAGGCUCCUCCCUGACCAGAUCCCGCCACAGUCGCGGCGGCAGGGGUCGAGGACGACGAUCACGAGGGAUCCGCGGAGGGGGCCAGGGAUUUGGCGUUCGCUACAGCCGAGCACCAGGUACUGCCGCGCUACGACUCAGCUCCUCGCCGACCAGAGCGAGGUGCCGUCGCGGUCCGAUGCCGAGCGCCGCCGCGAGCACCAGGCCGCCGCGCUCGGGGCGACGCUGCCCGCACCAUCCCUGCGAUGCGCCCACCUCCAACCCGGCGGCGAUGGCGAUGUCCGCGAGGCCCUGGGCGCGAGGGAGGCGAUGGCGACCAGCUGAAGCGGCGGCGCCGUCAUCCUACACCGGGAGGCGGGGCCUGGUGGCGCACGAGGCUGCGGGACGCGGAAGGGGGAGAAGCAAGGGAGGUACUGUUCGAGGAGGUGGGGCGCGGAGGAAGAGAGCAGUGGAGGUGCUGACGCUGACGCCGCGGCGCUUCAUGGAGGUCAACUAGGAGGUGGACGAGGCCUUGCAGCUGGCAGCCGACCUGCUCGCCGAUGCGCCAAUAGGGAUCUGCUCGCCGGCGGGGACGCCGUUUUCUUCUAGUGAUGUGCGGAUGGUGAACUGCUCGCCGGGAUUCACCCCGAGCCCAGGGAGUGGGAGUAUCGGGGAUAGGAUAUGUGCAUCGAGCAGAGGGGGCUGGUGUUCACUUCAGGUUUCUUGCCUCAGUCGGAUCAAUUCUGGAGUCCUUGAUCUCCUCGUCCUUCAUCAACAGCAUUACGUGGGAAGAAUUCUGUUGGGGAGAAAAGCAAGUGCAAAGAGGAUGGGGGCUCUACAACAAUCAGUUGCAAGACCAAACGACGGCGUCUUCACGGGCGAUUGGAUCUGAGCUCUCGUCUCGGUUCAUCUGUGCUGCCGGCGUCAUGACGGCGUCAACAGAGCGAACCACGUCAGGUGCACGGCGUCAGGUUAGUCCUCCUCCCGAUCUCCUCCAUCGCUGAAAAAUCCAGUCCUCCUCGAUCUCCCCCUCCCCCCUCUCCUCUGCGCCCGCCUCCGUCCGGGAUCAAACCCCCCUCCCCCACGAGCUCCUCAUCGAUGCGCGGCCCUCUCGAUCCUGAUCCAUUCAGAGGGGUUGCCCCUUCUCUCCUCCGAUCGCCGCUUGGCCGUAGAAAAGAAGUCAGGGCAGGGGACAUGCCGCCGCCGGUGGCAUUUUCCCAUCGCGCCUCGAUUUGGCCGCCUCGGCGGAGGCGCUCGCGGCCUGGAGGGUCGAUGCAGUGCCUCACCUUGGCCUGGAGGCUGGCCGCCAUGGAGCUCGCCUCGGCCUUGAACUGGGGCUCGACGGGGCCUCCCGGCCCGGUUCAUGGCCGCAGCCGUCUCGGCUGUGCACGCCGGCGUCGUGACAUGGUGGCCAGGCGCUGGUUACUGCCGCACCCGACCCCAGCGUGCCCGAGGUGCCUGCAGGCCUCUCCACCAUCUCUGCUCCUGUUUCGCUCUGUUUCCUCGUGGACGCCAAAGGGGGUCAUGAGCAUUAGAUUGGUUUUUGAGCAUUAGAUCCAUUAACUGAAAGAUAUAGACAUACUCUGUAAUCUGUAUGUGCAAAGCUAGCUAGCUUGCAUUUUUAUUAGAUAAGUGUCGGCUUUCUGAGUUCAAUCCCCCAACUAAUAAUGGUGCCAAAUACCAGGUUUUUUUCUACAUACAUGGAUGCUUUCAUGAUCCACUUUACAUUUGUUUCCCCCUGGGUUCAGUCUGAAUCUUUACAAUACACUUAGAAUCCUACCAUCACCGUCACUGUCACUCUGCAUACAACAUUAAUUCUUAUAUCUGAAUCAGGUUGAUUAGCUUUCGAUGUAAUAUUAUCCGGCUUGCCUAAAAUAAAUCCACAUUCUUACACUCUGGUUUCUUCUUAUACAUCCUACAGUCACUUUCUUAUAAAUAUUUUUUAGCAAUUAGCGUAGAUCGAGAUGAGUUUCUUUCAACACAUUUUAAGACAUAAUGUCAUAUAUUAGAUGUUAUAUGUGCGUCAACAGAGCAGAGCAUUCAGGUUUAGUCAUCAUCUGCAUUGCAUUUGAUUCAGAUUACAAUAAGCUGAUUUUUAAUAGAUAUUUGGUCUUACACGAGUCACAUUGCAUUUUUUUCCUAUAGAUUCAGAGUAGUAUUUUCAUGAACCUAUCACUGAUACUUUGCCUUUCAUGUUCAUUCACAUAUGUCUGGUUUACCCACACAAGGGCACAAUGAUGAAUUUUACGGAGCAUCCUCCUGUAAAGAAAGGCUCUGUUCUCUUAACAAGGAUGGAAAGUAUAACGGCAUACAAAAACCAACGUGGACAACCCAAAUCUGCAACUCCAGAACAAUCUGACAUUCCAGUGUCUGCUAAUGACAUGUGUUCCCUUGCUGAAUGGCCAUCCCAUGCUCGCCGCAACCGUGCGCGACUACAGGAUGCUGGUGGACAGAAGAAGAAAGGGAGAGGUGUUCUAAAAGGUUUUAAAGCAUCUAAGAAGCGUUUUGCCAAUGGAUCUGCAAAGCUAAAUAUUACAUUCUCUGAAAAAUUGGGUGGUACAGUAGGAAUGAACUAUCGUUCGUUCAAGGAUGACGUGGUUGUCAUAAUCAAAAGAAAGUUACCACUCAUUGGAGUGAGGACGUGGUCGGACAUUCACCCUACCAUUCAUCGACUCAUUGUUGCAGAUAUAAUAGACAGAUGGGACCUGGAAGAUACACCAGAAACAGAAGAAAAAGUUCUCAAAAUUGCGAAAGAGAGAUAUAGAGGCUGGCGAUCAACUCUAAGCUCCACUUACAAGGCAUACAAAACAGAUGCAGCUAGAUUGGCUAAUCUUCCUGAAGAUUUACAACCAGAAGAGUGGGAAUGGAUGAUUGAGUACUUUGGCACUGAUUCAAAAUUUCAGGAACGCAGCCAAAAGAACGCCGAUAACCGUAAGAAACAGAAGACAAAACAUAUAAUCGGAUCAAAAUCUUACUCGCAAGUUAGUUUUGAGAAGAGAAACUUAGAAACUGGAGAAGAGCCAGAUUGUAUUGCUCUAUGGGAACUCACCCACACAAACAAUGGAACAUGGUCUAACACAGAUUCCCAGAAAGUUUACGACCAAGCACUUGAAGAGGUUAAAAACAAAGAAGCUGAAACUGAAGGUCCACUUUCAAGUGAGCAGAAAAACAAUGUUUUCCAGACCGCUUACAAAGACACUCUGGAAUGCAACUCAUCGCAGCCUCGUGGGUACGGAUACAUGGCCAAAACUUCAACUGGUUCUGAAAAGUUCCGUAUCCAGAUUGAAGAGCAAGCUCGUGCUACAGCAGCCACCCAGGAGCGAAACUCUCAGCUCAGCCAGCAGGUCAAUGACUUAGAAGAUCAACUACAAGCUGAACGUGCUAACACACAAGAGAGGAUUAACUUGGAGCGUGCUGAGAGAGAACAACUUGAGGAGAGGUUAAAAGAAGAGCGUGCUGAAAGGGAAAGAUUGUUGCAAGAGGAGCGAACAUCAAGACUGGAAUUUGAAAAAAACAUGAUGGCAAAGUUUGUAGAAUUGAGCAAACAGAUAGAAACCCAACAGACAUCUAGUCCUAAUAAGACUCCAGGUUCAAGGCCGACUGCUAUUUCUUCAAAUGCGCUCAUACAAGCUGCAGCAAGGCAAUCUCGGAUGUAUAAAGCAAUGGAUCCAAAGAACUAGCUGGACUGGACUCUAGAUCACAGGCAGUUUAGUCUUCGAAGUUAAUUAGGAUGGCUAAAUUACAUUUGAGUUUUAUUUGAUGGAUAUUUUCUAUCAGAAGUAUGAAUUGUAUGAAUCUACAUAUUAUAUGUAUGGUUUUGAAUAUUGUAAUUAAAACCCUGUAAUUUUUUUUACGAUUGCAAUAGACUAUUACCACAACCCA